AAAUAGUAAUAUUAAUUAAUAAGGUAGUCUCUUCUAUUGCUUUGAUAGUUUAGCCAAAAAUAAAAAAUUAAAAAAAAUCUCAUCAUCCUCCAUGACUCAACCACUUCUAAAACUAACCAAUUCCCUUCUCAUUUCCCCCAAUUUUUCACUCUCCGCCGCACACCGCCGCGUCGCCAUUGCCGUCGAUCUCAGUGACGAGAGUGCCUUCGCCGUUAAAUGGGCCGUCCAAAACUACCUCCGUCCAGGAGACGCCGUAAUCCUCCUCCACGUCCGACCAACUUCCGUCCUCUACGGUGCAGAUUGGGGAAGCACCUCCACCUCCCCUGCUCACAAAAUCGAACGAGAUUAUGAAAUUUUCACCAACAAUAAAGCGACUGAAUUAGCGGUACCUUUAGUAGAAGCGAAUGUUCCGUUCAAAAUUCACAUAGUGAAAGAUCGGGAUAUGAAGGAAAGGCUUUGUUUAGAAGUGGAGAGGUUGAGAUUGAGUGCGAUGAUUAUGGGAAGCAGAGGAUUUGGGGAAAAUGAAAGCAGAGGAAUUGUUAGUAAAGGGAAACUUGGAAGUGUGAGUGAUUACUGCGUCAAAAACUGUAUUUGUCCUGUUGUGGUUGUUAGAUACCCACAACAAGAUGAAUACGGCGACGGAGCAGUGGAGAAGAAGGCGGCGAUUGAGGCUGAGCUGCCACCGGUACCGGAGGAGGAGCACGAGUAUCAUGAUGCUGAUGAUGAGCUAAAAGGUGAAUGAUCUAACGCUGUGAAGUAGAUGGUUAUCUUGAUGUCUAAAUUUUCUUGCUGCAGGAUGUAUUUUUUUUUUAUAUAUAUUGCUUAAAUUACAAAACAAAAAUAAUAUUUUUAAAAUUAUGUUGGGUUUUAAGUAUGGCGUGUGAAUAGGAAAGGGAAUGAAAGACAAUUAUUAUACUUUAUAUGGAAAAACACUUCUAGCUCUUAAAGAGUUAGACUGUUGAGAAUGACAAAUAUAAAUUGAGUGAAUAAGUUUUUUUA